CCGGGCCAAGGCCGGGACGGCAGCUCGGUGGGGCGGGGGAGUCCCGGGAUCGGCGGCCGGAACUUCACGGCUGCGGCGUGACCUGCGGGAGGCAGCGCGAAUCCGGCGGCGGGCCCGGCCAUGCCGUCCCGAGCGGAGGACUAUGAAGUACUGUACACCAUUGGCACGGGCUCCUAUGGCCGCUGCCAGAAGAUCCGGAGGAAGAGUGACGGCAAGAUAUUAGUUUGGAAAGAACUUGACUAUGGCUCCAUGACAGAAGCUGAGAAACAGAUGCUUGUUUCUGAAGUGAAUUUGCUUCGUGAAUUGAAGCAUCCAAACAUUGUCCGUUACUACGAUCGAAUUAUUGACCGAACAAACACAAUGCUGUACAUUGUAAUGGAAUAUUGCGAAGGAGGGGAUCUGGCCAGUGUAAUUACAAAAGGAACCAAGGAAAGACAGUACUUAGAUGAAGAGUUUGUUCUUCGAGUGAUGACUCAGUUGACUCUGGCCCUGAAGGAAUGUCACAGACGAAGUGAUGGUGGCCAUACUGUGCUGCAUCGGGAUUUGAAACCAGCCAAUGUUUUCCUGGAUGGCAAGCAAAACGUCAAGCUUGGAGACUUUGGGCUAGCUAGAAUAUUAAACCACGAUACAAGUUUUGCAAAAACAUUUGUUGGCACACCUUAUUACAUGUCUCCUGAACAAAUGAAUCGCAUGUCCUACAAUGAAAAAUCAGAUAUCUGGUCACUGGGUUGCCUGCUGUAUGAAUUGUGUGCAUUAAUGCCUCCAUUUACAGCUUUCAACCAGAAAGAACUAGCUGGGAAGAUCAGAGAAGGCAAAUUCAGGCGAAUUCCAUACCGUUACUCUGAUGAAUUGAAUGACAUUAUUACGAAGAUGUUAAAUUUAAAGGAUUACCAUCGACCUUCCGUUGAAGAAAUCCUUGAGAACCCUUUGAUCGCAGACUUGGUUGUGGAAGAGCACAGGAGAAAUCUGGAGAGAAGAGGGCGACGAUUAGGAGAGCCAGAAAAGUUGCAGGAUUCCAGCCCUGUAUUGAGUGAACUGAAACUAAAGGAAGUACAGUUGCAGGAGCGAGAGCGAGCCAUCAAAGCAAGGGAAGAAAGAUUGGAGCAGAAGGAACGUGAGCUUUGUGUUCGUGAGAGACUAGCAGAGGACAAACUGGUCAGAGCAGAAAGUCUGCUGAAGAAUUACAGCCUGCUGAAGGAACAGAAGCGCCUGUCUCUGGCGAGCAGUCCAGAACUUCUUGAUCUUCCAUCCUCAGUAAUUAAGAAGAAAGUUCAUUUCAGUGGGGAAAGUAAAGAGAACAUCAUGAGGAGUGAGAAUUCUGAGAGUCAGCUCACCUCCAAAUCCAAAUGCAAGGACCUGAAGAAAAGGCUUCAUGCUGCCCAGCUGCGGGCUCAAGCCCUGUCAGAUAUCGAAAAAAAUUAUCAACUAAAAAGCAGACAGAUCCUGGGCAUGCGCUAGCCUAGCCAAGAGACAGAGCUUUGUACAGUAUUUAAUGUCACCAACACUGUAAAGAUCACUAUUUGACCGCUGUAGCUUGAAACAUCGGUUCCAUGAGCCGUGCCUUUUUGUACAGCAAGUGUGAUAUUUCGGAACUGCUUUUGCUGUUCUUCAACACCAUUGUGCACAAUGUCCACACCUUUAAUAUUUCUUUCUUCUUUUAAGAACACUUUUUAAAAAGAAUGAUACUUUUCUUGGUUGGUUUGGCUUUUAAUCCUGUGUAUAAUUACUACUAGGAACAUGAGAUGUGACAUUCUAAAUCUUGGGGGAGAAAAUAAUGUUAGGAUAAAAAUAUUUACCCAGGAGUAGCACUUAAUGAGAAGUUUUUUUUGUUUUGUUUUGUUUUUUUUUAAAAAGAUGACCGGUAAGGGGAUCUUAACCCUUGACUUGGUGUUGUCAGCACCAUG